GGCAAAUAACCCUUCCGUAGGGUGGUCCAAUUUCUGCAUAUCAUUCAUUAUGUCCGGGUCGAACGCAUAUCACUCAUUAUUUCCGGGUCGAACGCCAUACCUGGAAAAGGCAAAUCAAGUGGUAGUUGUGUUGGGACUGGUAUUGAGUACAAGUUGUCUGGUGAUGCGGAUUUACACCAAGACUGCUGUAAUGAAGCGAUUCUGGUGGGAUGACGUUUUCGUCAUUGUGGCCUGGAUAUUUGCUGCUGCCAUCCAAGCGACCUUACUUUACGGAUUCAGCCACGCUGGGGUUGGCAUCCACAUGACAGAGUUGUCUCCCUCGACCCUGGUAGCUUUACAAAAGACCGUUAUAACCGCCUCAAUUGUUUACCUCCCUUGUCUCGCAUUCGCAAAGCUCGCCUUGCUUAUGCUGUACUAUAGACUCUUGUACACAGUCAAAGCGUGGAUAUACACACUCUAUCUCGUGGGAUUUGUGGUUGUUGGAUAUACGAUAGCACUAACUGUGGUGCUCAUCUUUCCAUGUGACCCCAUUGAGAAAAACUGGAAUCCGUUGAUCCUCGAAGGGUCUUGCAUAGAUCGAAACGGCGCAUACCUCGCGACCGCCGCCACGAAUACUGCCAGCGAUAUUAUAUUGCUACUGAUUCCCAUUCGAGUGAUCUCGAAGCUCCAGAUGCCGCUGAUGGAGAAGUUGGGUGCCUUUCUCAUGUUUGGCAUUGGUUCUCUGACGAUCGUCAUGAGUAUCGUGCGGCUGGCGACCUUAUGGCCACUGAUCAACUCUCAAGAUUUUUCGUAUCACCUCGCCCUCGUCUGUACAUUCGUCAACAUCGAAGCGAAUCUCAUCAUAGUAUGUGCCUGUCUACCCUUUUUGCGCCAGCUCAUUCGCCAUUUUGCACCCCAAUGGGCACUGUGGGGGCGGCACUCCCGGAAUACACGAAGCUCGUCGUCGACUUCAACUCCAGGCAGAAUCUUACGGGGUGGACCUCGAACUGAUGCCGUUGUGGCGGAUCUUGAGAUCUCGAGUAUAAGUCAGGAAACAAUCGUCCAGUCGUGCUGA